AUGCAGCAAGCCCAGAAGAAGCCCGAGCUCGUCACUAAUAACGUCUCUGGUACAAUUGCGCUCGUCAUACCCGACCGCAAGCCGCUCAGUGCCGAUACCGACCUGGGGCGAGUACCAAUGACCCCAGCUUCCGCCCCCGCUCCUCCUCCCACAUCCCCGAUUGUCGGCCUCCCCUUCUUCGAUCCAACUCAAUUUGCAAGCUCGAUUAGCAACGUACUUUCCAGCGCCGAAUGGACGGGCAGGUUCCCGAACCAGGAAGAGCAGAAGAAAUAG